CUUACCUCGCCUUAUUUCCGGUAAAAGUGUAAGAAAGGGAUAAUAUCUAUGACUUAGUCAAUGUCAAGCAGGAAAUAAGUUUUCUGUGAAUCCUUGCAAAAGGUCUGAGCGACUGAAAGAGUCGCUGUGCACAAUUUUGUAAGUUGUCGAUAGUAUAAACGUGUUAAUAAAAGAAUGCUUUAUAUUUUGCAUAUAUAAAACUUACUAUUCGAGAUAAAUAAAUAGAUUAACAAUGGAUUUUGGUACGUUAUUAAGUGUUGCACAAAAGAACGAAAUUAAUAAACAAUCCGUUGCUUGUUAUCAAACUAAAUUUACACCGCCGAAGAAGCAAAAUAAACAAUCAAAGACAUUAUCAGACAAUAUAAAAAAAUUUUUGGCCAGGAAGGAAGAAGAAGAAAGAAGAAAAGUAUUAGAAGAAAAAAAAAAGAGAGAUAAUUUGCUUGCAUUACGGGACCAUAAAGCUCAAAGUCGUAUAAAUAAACAUUUAAAAGUAUGUAAGGCUGCAAAUAAAUCUGUAAUAGCAGAUGCAAUAGAUAAUGAAAAUACAGCUGUUACUAUAGCAGGUCCUUCUCAACCAGAUGAAGAUGAUUAUGGAUAUGUUUCCCAGGAGGCAUCUGCAUUUUAUAAUCAGUUAAUGAAUAAAUAUAGUAAUUUGCCUCCUGAGAAGCCUCUUUUUAGUAACACUGGAAAAAAAACGAUAAAAGAUAUUGCGUUAACAAAGGACAGAGUAAAGCAAGCUCUAAAACAACAAGAAAUUGAAGAUACUCUUGGUCAUAGGCGGAAAAGAAAAUCAUCUUCGGCGAAUAAAAAAGAAUCCGAGUGUGAAGAUCAGAAUGAAAAAGUGCCUGAGAAAAAAAUAAAAGAACAAGAAAAAGAUGUCAAAGUAAAGACUAAAAAGAAACCACCACCACCACCACCAAUGGAUUUUGGAGAACUAUUGAAACUUGCAGAAAAGAAACAACAUGAGCCAGUAGUUAUUGAUACCAAACCAAAAGUUGAAGAACCAGAGAGAUUGAUGACUAAGAAACAAAUGAAAGAAUAUAUGAAAGAAAAAGAAUGGAGAGAAAGAAAAGAGCUAUUAGCCAGAGGAAUAGAUGUAACGAAAAAAAAUAAUGUUACAACUGAAGUAAAUAAGUCAAAUAAAUCACAUGCCUCAAAAAGUACAAAAGUAACGAUUGAUAAAACUUCUAUAGAUUCUACUGUACAGAAUAAAAAUGUGUCUUGGGCACUACAAGAUAAAAAGGUUUCAACAAAAUCUAAUAACAUUUUAAGUGAAAAAAGUAAUGUUAUAAGUAAACCUACUAGUAUAGCAAGAAAUUCAGUGAAAGAUGAAUUAUUAGAAGAACGUAAAAAAUUAGAAGCAGAAAAACGUAAGUUAGAAGAAAUGCGUAGAGCUAUAGAAAAAGAAAAGUUACAACUAGCACAAAGCAAAUUAAAACAGGAAGAAUCAAAGUCCUUAGUUAAAAAUCCAAAUAAAGUUAUAUCUCAAACAAAAAGUACAGACAAACAAGUUUCAUCUAAAGAUAUUAAGUCAAAACAAGCACCUACAUCUGAAAAAUUGCAGUCCUCUACGUUAAAUGGAAAAUCAAAGCAGUUGCCUCCUCCUGAUGUUAAAUCAUUUAAAAAUAAAGUUGCAGCUGGAAAAGUUUUAAAAAAACCAGGAAUUUCUAACAAACGUCGUAUAUACGAUGAUGAAGAAUAUGAUUCUGAAUUAGAUGAUUUUAUCGAUGAUGAUCCAGAAGAAGAUCAUGAUUAUAGUAAAUAUAUUACUGAAAUAUUUGGUUAUGACAAAACUAAAUAUAAAAAUAUGGAUGAUGAUGAUGAUGCAGCAAUGGAAAGUAAUUUUGCACAACAACUUAAAGAAGAAUAUGUGUCUACAAAAAUAGGUAUUAUGGAAGAUUUAGAAGACAUACGUAUGGAAGCCUUAGAAAAGAAACGGAAAGCUCUCUUAAAGAAAAAAGCAAAAAAGUAGUAAGCUGUAUAUUUUUAACAAUGUUGGAUAAGUACAAACUUAUUUAGAUAAACUAUUCUUUUUUUUUUUUUUAUUAUUAUUAUAAAUGAGAAAAGAUUAUUUCACUGUUAUAUUUUUAUUAUUAUGUCUGUAUCAACUUUAUAUGUCAAUUGGUUUUUACUUUCUUUUUUUUUUUUCUUUGUUGAAUUGGAAGAUUAUUUUAUUCAUUCAAAUAAUUAUUAUUUUAAAAAGAACUUAUUAUUAAAUACUGAAGAUCACUGAAUGCUUUAUGAAAAAUUUUUUUUAAUAAAAAUAUUCGAGUCAUAAUUUAUAAAUAUAUAUUACAACUUUUGAUAAAGUUAAAGUAUUAAAUUAUUUUAAUUUCACAUAAAAUAUACUAGUAAGCUCAUUGCUAGUAUAUGUAUGUAUGUUUAUAAUUUUAUAAGGUUUAUUAAUUUUUAAAUAUUAAAUAUUUAUUUAUUGCAUUUAUUCAUAUUAUGUAUAAUUUUUGAUCAAGUGUAAAUGCAAGACUGUACUUUUUCUUCUCUCAACAGUUGUAUAUAAAUCCUAGAUAAUAAGUAAUAAAAUGAUGAUAUCAUUUUUCUUUUAUUCAAAACAUAAUGCUUCAAAUAUUGUGAUCUGUAUUCAUAAUAUGCUGUCAGUGAUAUCGAUGUUUUGUAAGUUUAAAAAUUCUUCAGAAAAUUACUGCAGCACUGAAAAAGGGAUCUGAAUACAGAAAUCAAAUGUAUGAUAACUUGAUAUGUGAUAUAAAUACCACUCAUUAAGAA